ACUUAUGAUAACAGCUGAUAUUCUUAUCAAAUAUUUGUAUAAUUUGUAGAUUUGGGUCUUUGCCAAUCAAGCUAAAUAUUUUUCAGCAGUUGAGUGCAAUACUUUCCCCGUAAAACAUGAUUCUUAAACAUAUCAUUCGGUCUGCAGUACAAAAUGGCGUCUUAAGGACACCUCUCCGUAGUAUUGCACAUUAUCCAAUAGAUGAGAAUCUUUAUGGAUUGAAUAGUGAGCAGCAACAGCUCCGACAAACAGUUUUCAACUUUCUCCAAAAAGAAUUAGCUCCGUACGCCCAAGAAAUCGAUAAGGAAGAUAAUUUCAAAAAUCUUCGGGAGUUUUGGAAGAAGAUCGGAAGUCUUGGUUUGCUAGGAGUAACAACGCCGAUAGAAUAUGGAGGAACUGGAGGAUCCUAUCUGGAUCAGUGCAUUGUUAUUGAAGAACUCGGACGAGCCAGUGGAGCAAUAAGCAAUUCCUACGUUGCUAAUGUUAGUUUAUGCAUGAAUCAGUUGAAGCGUCUCGGAACGGAGGAACAGAAGGAGAAAUAUCUGCCAAAGCUUUGUACUGGCGAGCACAUGGGAGCUCUGGCGAUGAGCGAACCUAAUGCAGGAAGCGACGUAGUUUCUAUGAGGACUCGUGCAGAGAAGAAGGGAGACUACUACAUCCUGAAUGGAAGUAAAUUCUGGAUUACAAAUGGCCCCGAUGCAGAUACCCUUAUUGUCUACGCUAAGACAAACUUCAGUGGUCCUCCAAAGUAUGGGAUCACAGCCUUUAUAAUUGAAAAAGAUUUUCCAGGUUUCAAAAGAGGACGCAAACUGGAUAAAAUGGGAAUGCGUGGCAGUAGUACGGGUGAAUUAAUCUUUGAAGAUUGCAAAGUUCCCGCGAAGAAUGUUUUAGGAGAAGACGGUAAGGGUGUCUACGUUCUGAUGACUGGCCUAGACUAUGAACGUCUCCUUCUGGCUGCAACACCUCUCGGAAUUAUGCAAGCUGCCUGUGACGUUGCUUUUGACUAUGCUCAUCAGAGGAAGGCUUUCGGACAGAGGAUUGGAGAGUUUCAGUUGAUCCAAGCCAAGAUGGCUGACAUGUAUACGCUUAUGGUGGCUUCUAGGUGCUACCUGUACAACGCAGCACGUGCCGUUGAUGCAGGAAUAGCUAAUGCAAAGGACUGUGCAGGCGUCUUGCUCUACACAGCUGAGAAUGCAACUAAAUUGGGAUUGGAUUGUGUCCAAAUAUUGGGUGGAAAUGGAUACAUUAAUGAAUAUCCAGCAGGAAGACUACUGAGGGAUGCAAAGUUCUUUGAAAUCGGUGGAGGAACUUCAGAAAUUCGACGUCUUGUUAUUGGUAGAACUCUGAACAGGGAAUACAAAUAACAAGUCUGCUAAGCAAGGUAAUUGGCUAUCUGCUUAAUCUGAGAUUUUUGUGGCUAUAAGAGCUAAUAAAUCUAUUUUAUUUACU